CUCGGACAGCCGCAGUCACGCGCUCUGCUCCGUCUCUUUCCCAUUCUUCUUCUUCUCCUCCGUCUUCAAGUCCACUCCUUGGUCGGAUUAAUAAUCACGUCUUGGUCCCUCCCUGUCUUCCUUGGCGGCUUCGUGCGACCUCUACGCCGCAAAAUACUCGUAGCUCCUUGGUGGAGUUUGGCCCGAGUCUUCGCUCCCUUAAAAGAGUCCGUUCGCCUCGUGGUCUUCUUCUACUAUCUCUCUCCCUCUUUUAGGGUUUUGGACGAGGGGGAAGGCCGGAUGGAGAAGAAGCAAGGGUUCUUUUCGGCGCUGAGGGAGGAGGUGGCGAGGGGGCUGACGCCGGCGCGGGCGCGGGGGAGGUCGAGGUCGAGGUCGGAGAGCCCCCGACGGGGACCGUCGCCGGUGGUGGAGCUUCUGCUGCUGCCGCGGCGGCGGUGGAGGCGGCGCGGGAUGGUGGGGGGACCGGCGGUGCCGAGAUCCGGGAGCCUGGCGCCGCUGAUGGAGGGCCCUGAUUCGGGGGAGGGGGAGGGGGAUGAGGCGCGCAAGGAGCGGGGGUGGGGGCAGUGGGUGAAGGGACAGCUCUCCCGGGCGCCAUCCGUAUCCACCUCCGCCACCGCCUCGUGCCGGCCUUCGGACCUCCGGCUUCUUCUUGGGGUCAUGGCGGCGCCCCUCGCCCCCAUCCACGUCUGCUCCACCGACCCGCUUCCUCACCUUAGUAUCAAGGAUACUCCCAUCGAGACGUCGUCGGCGCAGUACAUCCUUCAGCAGUAUACAGCGGCAUCAGGAGGUCUGAAGUUGCUGAGCUCCGUCAGGAAUGCUUACGCAAUGGGGAAGGUAAGGAUGGUGGCCACCGAGCUCGAGAUGGCCACCAAGAUCGUCAGGAAGAGGAAUGCAUCCAGGGAUGCAGAGUCCGGUAGCUUCGUCCUCUGGCAGAUGGCACCUGACAUGUGGUAUGUGGAGCUCGCAGCCGGUGGCAGCAAGGUCCGUGCCGGUUGUAAUGGGAAGCUAGUUUGGCGCCACACACCAUGGCUCGGUGCCCAUGCCGCCAAGGGCCCUGUCCGGCCCCUUCGUCGGGCUCUUCAGGGUCUUGAUCCGCUGACCACAGCUAGCAUGUUCGCCAAUGCACGAUGCAUCGGGGAGAAGAAGGUCAAUGGGGAGGAUUGCUUCAUCCUCAAGCUAUGUGCGGAUCCACAGACGCUCAGGGCAAGGAGCGAUGGACCUGCCGAGGUCAUUAGGCAUGUCUUAUUUGGUUACUUUAGCCAGAGAACGGGACUACUCAUCCAUAUUGAGGAUUCACAUCUGACUCGAAUCCAAGCAAGUGCCGGCGGUGAUGCUGCUUACUGGGAAACCUCCAUCAACUCCUUCAUCGACGAUUAUCGCCCGGUCGAUGGCAUGAUGAUUGCGCACUCUGGUCACUCGGUUGUCACUCUUUUUCGGUUCGGUGAAGUGGCCAUGAGCCACACGAAAACCAGGAUGGAGGAGGCUUGGACCAUCGAGGAGGUUGCCUUUAAUGUUCCUGGUCUCUCUAUGGAUUGUUUUAUCCCUCCGGCUGACAUAAAACGUGGGUCCAUCAGCGAAGCCUGUGAGCUACCUCAGGGAGAAAGAGGGGAGAACACCGUGGCUGGGAAUCAUCGGGCCAAGGUCGCGGCACUGGAGAAGUCACAUGAUGGCGCCGAUGGUAACAUCGUGUGGAGGGUGGAAGUCUAAUGCUAACACCAUAUAAGAUUUGAUAUGAAUUGAAUUGUCUAUACCUGCACCGUACUUGUUUACGCUGACCGACUGACCAUGAAAUGUAGAUCUCUAGGGACUAAUUCUGUGGGGUCUGGAGGAUUAUUUCCCCUAUAGAUAGUGCCAGAAUGGUUCGAUGCUUUUUGAUAUUGGAGCAUUGUGGUUCAGUGCUCUUGGACCUGCAGGCCUUGAUGAAUCCUUCCGAAGCGAAGGCAGGGUUCACUGGUUUGGUGUUUUUCGGUUUGUCAGCUGUGGAAUGGGAACAGUGUUUGUUCCUUCUCAUCUUUUUAACAGGUUGCUGCUUCUGUUCCCGAAAGGAGAGGAUCAUGUCAGUGUUGAUACUUCUUCCCCGAUCAAAAGCCGAUUUUUUUUUUUCUGGUGCAUGAAGAACUUCGCUGGGGAAUUGUGCGCCGGUGAGAUGGCUCCAAUUCAGUUCUCCUAUGUGUUUUGCUUGUUUAAUCGUUUGCAAGUUAGUUGUUCAGGAUGUGUUGAGCUAAUUGAUGUAACUGUGGAUUGGUAGUGGUCUUGGAUGUAACUUUUCCUAGUCUACUCCAUCCAUAUUGAGUCUUAAUCUUGCUAAAGAAGUGGCUGUAGACCAAACUCUUUGUUUUAUCUGAUGCUAUAUGUUUUGCA